AGAUUAUGUUGUUCCAUACUCCCUGAACGAGCAAACUAGUCUGUGUUUUGGGCGUUUUGAUACGCGUGCGUGUGCAAUAAUAUUCCAUUUUUGGAAACAUCUGCCUCGCCAUUUUCUCAAAGAAGCCCUCCAUUUCCAUUUCUCUGUGGUUUUGUUUGAGGAGCUACCUCUUGACUUGAAUAUUACUCGAGUGAGGUCAGCAUUGCAUGACUCAAUCGUGGAUAAUCAUGCAGUCAUUUCUGUACUAUUGCAUUGGACCUUGCAGUUGUUCUUAGUGCCACAUUAAAACAACGCGCACGGUGUUCUCCGAUGAAUGAGCAACAAGCAAACCUAAAGACUGCUCAACCCGACUUGAUAUCCCAGGAUCUGAGGAAUUAGCUGAGAAGCAAAAAGAAAAUCAACAUGUUUGACAGACAACGUAGCGAAACUGUUAUUUCUGCUCAAGAGAUGGUGCAGUUUUGUGUUUUAAAGCUGACCUGUAUUCCUACCACGUUGAGUAGGUUUGGAUGACCAUUAACUUAAAUAAAACUUGUCAAGGGUCAGAGUGAGACUCCAAGACAUUUCAUUGUACCAGAGGGAACUUUGUGUGGUUUAGGGGUUUGAACUCUUGUUUACUUCCUAACCACCCACUCCAACCCUCCGCACUAUCUUUAUUCAUGAAAAUCAUGAGUUUGCAACCUCAACAGAAACCGAACGCAAAGAGGACCGGAAAACGUAUCACUUUCUUUAACGAUCAAGGUGUGGCGAUGAAAGAGGCCUCUCAGCAUUCAGAGGCCUCAGCAUACUAUGGCAUUGGGGUCACUCCCUCAGGGCCAGGCCAUAAUGACAGUGGGGCUGUGGAAAGCUCCAAUGCAGAAGCACCACAUAUGUACCUCAAUUCUGUCAUUUUUAGCCCAGAGAAGGGUGAUCAAAGCCGUGGGCACUACCAACAGACAAUGCCCAUGAAGUGGGCACAUCAAGACCCAUCUUUGCAGCCUCAACAGAGACCAAACAAUUGGUCACAAGGUGUGACAGCUUGGCCCCAGAACUUUGCCCCUUUCUUUGGGGCGCAGACUGUUUUUGCAAAGCAGAUGCAUGAGAGCAUGUCAAUACAACAACAACAGCAGCAGAAGCAGCAACCUGAGCCAUCUACCAUUAGGGCAACUGAAAAACAAGGGGCUGAUAUGAGCGAAGAGAGCUUCAAGGAUGCCACCAAAACCAGCCGGAGCAUGGAGUGGGAGCAGAAGCAAAACUUUCAGCAGACGCAAAAGCCUGGUAUGUUGAAUCCACAGCAGCAUGGACAAUCCACUACUGGGAAUUCUGUUCUUCAACCCUUUCAGUUAGCCUUUGGACAGCCAAAACAGAACUUGGUAGCAGGUUACUAUCAGGUUGUUCAGAGCAAUCGGACCUUGCCAAAUUUAAAUUAUAGUACACAGACGAAUUCCCAACAUCACCUUCAGCAACUGCAGCAACAGGAGCAACAGCAAAAACUUCAGCAGAUGCGGCGACAGAUAAUGCUUCAGCAGCAGCAGCAACAACAACAGCUGGAACGGCAGAUACAGCAACAGGAGCUUCAGCGUCAAAAACAGCCACGACAAGUACCAUCAUCACAACCAGCACAUCAACAGAAAAUACAGCCUCCACAACAGCAAGUACAACAACAGCAUUUGCAACAAAUUCAACUGGACUUGGCGAAACAGCAACAAAAAUCUGAACAGCCUCAUCAGAACCAACAUGUAGUGGACAAUUACCCUGAUGGUCAGAAGCCACAUGCCUCCUCAUUUGAUCAGCAUCAUCCUCCGUUAAAAGGACAGUCCCAAGAGACAACUGAUCCUCUGUCAACACAGUCUCAGGAUUCUGUUUCCCCUACGGUUUCUCAUCAGUCCAUCGGGACUCAACCGCCUGGGCCCAGGAGAUCACGUCGGCUUUCUAAAGAGGGUGGAGGUCCUGCCUCAGAUAACCCGUUUGUCAUGCCAACUGAUCACCAUACUCAAGGCUCUCAAAAUGGGGCUUCUGUGACCAGUGUGGCGCAAGAUAUCAGGGCCGCUCCAACAGGUGUAAUCCAGAGCACACGGCGUAAGAGAAGGGUAUCGCAAGAGGUCAACCUGGAAACCUUGGCUCAGAAGGCUUCGGAAAGGGAAUCUCUUCCCUCACAUAGUAUUAAGCAAGAGCCACACAGGCCCUGGAGUCCGCCUGUGGCCCCGUCAGGUCCAGGUCGAGGGGUGGAUGAGGUGGAUCUGGUGAGUGCCAAGCGGCCCAAAGAUGAGAGCCUCAUGCCACUGGUCAUCCCAGUUUCUGUACCAGUGAGGCAGACUGAUUCCUCGUCCCCGGAUCACGAACAGGCUUCUCUCUCAGCCAGUUGGCCAUCGCAGCCUUUGGGAUCGUACGACAUGAGCUGUUCUGAGUACAAGACCUCUGUGAUUGUUACCCGGCGGCGCUCUCUGCGUAACUCCCUGUCUGAGAGCACAGGGCAGAAUGGUGGAACAGAGAGUGGAAGUGACGCAGAUGGCAAAUUCAAAGCCAAACGACGGCCUCGUCCAGAACCACUCUUUAUUCCUCCACCCAAACUUGGCACUUUCAUCGCCCCACCGGUGUACUCCAGCAUCACGCCGUACCAGAGCCACCUACGGUCACCUGUCCGCUUGGUCGACAACCCCCUCAACAUGCCACCCUACACUCCCCCGCCCAUCCUCAGUCCUGUUCGAGAGGGCUCGGGUCUUUACUUUUCCACCUUCCUGUCGGCCGCUGCUGCAGCUGCCGCAGCGGCAAAUAAUCAGGGGCUGCCCCCACCUGCAACGCCAAAAUCAGCCACCCGCAGCCUCCUGCGCUCCAACAGCAGUGAUAUAACACCUCCAGUGCUCUCUGCUAUGAGUGAGGCUACACCUGUCAGCAUUGAGCCUCGGAUAAACAUUGGAUUGCGGUACCAGGCGGAGGUUCCAGAGCUCAGAGAGUGUUCGAUUGCUCAGCACGACCUACACAAGGCUGAACUGGUGUGGGCGCCACUGCGUGACCUGGAGGCCAAUCCUGAACUACUUCAGAGAGUGGAUAACCUCAUGCACCUGGCUUGCUCUAGUGCGUUGAGCAGAGGAGGGACCAAUCAGGAGCUGGCCAUGCACUGUCUGAAUGAAUGCAAGGGUGACAUCAUGGGUGCCCUUAGCUGUCUGUUGUUAAAAAACCCCAUCUUUCCCAAAACGCACCCCCUGUCCAACUACCACUACUCGGGCUCUGACAGCUGGACGGCAGAUGAAAGGCGUUGCUUCAAUAAAGGCAUUGCUGCCUAUAAGAAGGACUUCUUCAUGGUGCAGAAACUGGUGAGCUCCAAAACAGUGGCUCAGUGUGUGGAGUUUUACUACACGUAUAAGAAGCAAGUGAAGAUCGGCAGGAACGGAACGCUCACAUAUGGAGAAGCAGAACUGCUAGAGACAAAACCCACAACAGAGGAGGAAGUGGACAAUAAAAGUUCACAGAAAUUUGAAUCACGGAAAGAAGAGGAUGAAAGCAGGAAGUGGGAUGGGUCAUGUGACAGAAAGCAAGAAAACAGCCCAGGCAGGGUGACACAAUCUCUACAGGCCACUGAAAAUGCUGCUGCCAUUCUGGUUUUAAGAAGUCAGGAGGACAGCACGAGAGAUUCCUCAACGUUGGGGGUCAGUCAUGCGCCGACACCACCAUCUAAACCUCGCUCUGACACCACAGGGCGGAAGAGUGGGGCUGGCAGUACGGGAAAGGGACAGACUAACCAGGAGGGCGAAUUCCCCUGCAAGAAGUGUGGCAGGAUCUUCUAUAAGGUAAAAAGUCGCAGUGCCCACAUGAAAAGUCACGCUGAGGCGGAGAAGAAAGCGGCAGCACUCAGACAGAGAGAGGCAGAGCAGCGGGCGGCAGCAGCAGCAAUGUUAGCCGCCCAGCAGAAUGGAGCGAUGGGGGCCGGAACACGGAGAGCUAGCAGUGAUGACUCCUCAGAAGAAGAGGAGGAUGCAGAUGAUGAAGACUGGCACUAGCUAAAACUCUCCCUCAUAUGACUGAGAAAAAACAAUUGUAUUUAUUUUUACUUUACAAGCCAACAAGACCCAUCCCAAAAGAACAGCUUCAGGGACUGGCUCUCACUGUCUUUGUGUGUGUGUGUGUGUGUGUGUGUGUGUGUGUUUUACAUGUGUAUAUGAGAGAGAUAAAGUGAGUAGACGCUGUAGAAGCAUUCAGGGGCUUAACGUUCAGAUAUAGGGCUGUCGGGACUGUAAGCCAUGCCAUCUCAGUGUGCGUAUGUGAAUGUGUGUGUCUAUAAAAUUCACUUUUCAGAAUCAUCCAACACACACUGAUCUGACCACAGCACAUCUAUUCAGCAUCUGUGCGCAGAACUCACUUAUUGUUCUACUAUAAAACCAACCGUUAUGGAUUCAAUGCUGUGGACAUGAAAGGACACAAAACAAAAUUGUGUGUGGACUUUUACUUUUGGGGCAAGUUUAGUAUUUUUCCCCUCCUGUUUCUAAAUGAAAAUGACUGUUUCUCUUCCAUGUGACUGCCAAAAUGCUUGCACAGCUGUGCUUGUACGCCUGGUCUUUUGAAUCUCCAGUGCUGUAAUAUUUAGGCUUUGUGUCCAGAGAAUCUCGCUGUUGCCUUUGAUAUUUUUGACACUUUCUAUCGUUACGACAAUCACUUUUACAAAGGUCCCUUUUUUUAUACUCCACAGAUUAUAAUGGUUGUCCUUAAUAUAAUCAUUUAUUGUUGUUCAUUAUUAUUAUUAUUAUUAUUGUUGUUGUUGUUGUUUAACUAUUGACUUUGUACUGUUUUAUCAUCAUUUUUUAAAGUGGGUGGAUUUCUUUCUCUCAUCUGACUUUUAGUUUUAGACAUUUGCUACCUGUGUUUAAGUGAGAAUUGCAUAUGUUUGUUGAGGGCAUGAUUAUAAAAAAAGACAUUUUAAGUGCAAUAGCAAUAGUGGGUCUUUGAAUUCUGCUUAAAAUGGUUUUAUUUUAUUCUUUGAACAAAGGUAUUAUACGAUAAUCGUCUUAUAUUUUGGUGUAAGAACAAAUGUUUCCAUAUCUGUUGAGUGGAAGUGGGAUCUGUUGGCUUGUGAGUUUAAGGGCAGUUGCGAGCAGCUCGUAUUGGCCAAACACUUAAGCACUUUGCUUUGUCUCCAUGGCAACAAAGAGUCUUCUUUAAAGGAUAGAGACACAGGGGAGUUCACAGGCAACAGUAACGACUCCAAUUAUUGCUAAUCACAGUCAAGUCUUCUAUGCAGUGUGUGUAUGAAUGUGUUUGUGUGUUUAUUUGCAUGGGUGUGCAUGCGUGGUUGUGUGUAAGUGAUGCACCAAUAUUCAAAACUGUUUCAAACUCAAAGCCAAGAGAGAAAAAGAAGCUUCCUGGACUAUUUAAUGUCUUUUUGUUUUAUAUAUAUAUAUAUAUACUUCAUAUAUGUGAAAAGACUGAUUUGCUCUAAAAUGAAGACAUGGGCAUUUGUUGAAAUGAUUUAGCCAAACCUUUUAUUGUUGUUGUUUUUAAAAUAUGAAUAUUCAAAAAUUAUAAUGAAUUUAGGGUAUGCUAUGAGGGUGCAACUCCUGUUUCUGUCUUUCAUUCAGCCAAGGGAAAUUCUUAUGUAGAGGAAUAUAAAGUAUGACAAAGGCUUAUUAAAAAACUGUAUGCACACUUUCUAUGCUAUUUUCAUAUGGGCUUGUACACUAAUAAUGGCUGUGAAUAGAACUCUGAAGUGCUUUUUACUACAGUAUAACUUAUUGUGUUUCAAUUGUGUUUUUAUCACGUGUUUUAGAAUAAUAAAUAUGGGGAAAAAACAAAAUAUGACCGUGUUUUUAACGGUAAUUGUGGAGGAAGUGCGUCUUUAAUUGGCCAAAUAAGGGCAAGAGGAAAAGAGAAAAAUGUACAAGAUGAAUACUAGUUCAUUUUCAUUAGAAAAGUAAUAGUUUUUUCAUUAUGUGUUUGGUCAGUUAUUUGGUCCAUCCGCGCAGUACACUGAAUGUCCACACGGUGACAGUAUUAUCAUGUUAUUUCACACUAGAAAGGCAGCAAUAUCAGAAUCUGUAUUAUUUGUUGACCCCACAGUAUUAAUAAAUGAGAGAACAAAUUACUUUUUACAAAAAAU